GUUCACUUCCUAUAGGGACUGAAAACCAAGUGAGGAGAUGAAGGAUUCCAUUGUACUCCACCAGAGAAUGCACAGAGGAUAGACGCCACAGAGCGAUCCUAAUCAUCACCCAAGAUACAACUCAUCAUUGAGGGAAGACAUCCAGUCCCUUCACAGCAUUGCUCAACACAGAGAAGUUUGGGCAGUGAUAUCAUCCUCUGGAAAUCAGUCAAGUUUGAGAGCUUUGAAAUAUCAUCAUCAGAUCUGAAGCUGGUCAGUGGCUUGGAGCCUUCCAUCAGAACCAACUUUUCUGACCAAUUUGGCUGUGAGUGAUUGGUCAGAGUGAAGCAGGAAAGGAGCCUGAGUGGGCUGCGAGUGUGGUGAGAGCUUCAAUCGUUCAUCAAACAUCAUGAACCACUGACUCGUUCCUGCAGGGGGGAGCCUGUUCAAAUGUGAGGUGUGCAACGUGGACAGGCUGAGAAAUUCUCCUAACGCACAAGCCGUUCUGUUGUACAACCUUUUUAAUAUCGACACAGCUUCAUGGAAGAGAAACCUUUCAAGUGUGAAGUGUGUGACCAAUCAUUCUCACGCACAGCUCACUUUCUUAUACACCAGCGAACUCACACAGGGGACAAACCGUUCACAUGUGAGGUAUGCAACAAAUCAUUUUCACAGUCAUCAAAUCUCCACAGACACCGACGCAUUCAUACAGGAGAGAAACCAUUCGCAUGUGACGUCUGUCACAAAGCCUUCACGCUGUCAUCGAGCCUUAUGCUCCAUCAGACAACCCACACAGGAGAGAAACCUUUCAAGUGUAAAGUUUGUGAUAAAGCUUUUCCAACAUCGACAAGGCUCCUGCUACACCAGAGCAUCCACACAGGGGAGAAACCUUUCAGGUGUCAGCUGUGUGACAAAUCAUUCUCUGAGUCAUCGCACUUUCACUCGCACCAGCGUGUUCACACUGGGGAGAAACCAUUCACCUGCCAAGUGUGUAACAAAUCAUUCUCACUGUCAUCAAACCUCCGUGAGCACCAACGCCUUCACACUGGGGAGAAGCCUUUCAAGUGUGAGGUGUGUUAUAAGAGCUUUGCACAAUUGUCAGGCCUGGUGAAACACCGACACACUCACACAGGGGAGAAGAAAAUAUUUACCUGUGAGGUGUGUAAUAAGGAGUUUGAACAGUUGUGGGGAAUGUUGGAUCACCGUCGCAUUCACGCAUUUGGGGAAGCCAAGUGAGGUGUGUGACUGAGCAUUUACACAGUCAUUGACACUCAGCAAACACUGACAGAUCCACACUGAGGAAAGGCUGCUUGAGUCUCAAGUUUGUUACAAAAGCUUCACAGUGUCCUACCUGGUACACCAAAUGACUUUUUCCGGGGUCAGUCUAUUCAAUGGUGAGUUGUAAGAUCAUGCCAUCCCACUGUCAGAGUCAUUUGUGAAACAUGGACAUAUUCACACUGGGGAGAAAAUGUUUUAAGUGUGAGGCGUUUGAUAAAUGAUUUGAACAAUAAUCACGCUUCAUUUGUCAUCGAUGCAUUCACUCCAAAGAAUGUGAUAAAACCUUCAGAAAAUGGUCGAUCCUCUUGCUCCAGCAGAAAACCAACAUGUGGAAGUGAUUCUUCAGAUGUGACAUUUAUAACAAGGCUCUCCUGAAAUCUUCAAGCAUCCUGAAACACCAGAGGAUUCACAGGGGAGAUGCCAUGUUUGAAACAAGGUUUUCAUGCAUCUCUUCAAUUUUCGGAAGUGUCACACUGGUGAGAAACCAUUCAAGUGUGAGGUGUUGAUAAGGCUUUGACACUGUCAACAUAUCAUCAACACACUGAUACAGGGAAGAAAGACUACUGGUGAGAGUUGUGGAAGAAAACUUCCAUGCUGUUGUCAGACUCCCUGGAACACCAGUGACCUACACGGGAAAUAAACUCUUCCAGUGUGACGUGUGUCAGGAUUGUUUCAACACCCCUCUCUCACCGUACACUGACAUCUACCCACAGUCUUGGAGUCAGGUUACCUGCUUCCAUUGCACUGUCAGCUGACUUGUUUACCUUCCAAUGCUCACACAGAGUAGCUGUCAUUCCGUAGCACGGUCUGUCUCAGCAGAAUCUGUCUUAAACUUCUCUUACCAUCCAGCCAAUCCUGUUAAGAAGAACAAUAUAACUUUUCACCAGAUUUCCAAACAUCACCAGAAGAUGGCAUCGAUAUGUGUAGAAGCUCCUGUAUAAACUCAGCAUUCUUUGAAUGCUGUGUCAGGUACAAGUCACUCACUGAUUCUCACUCGGACCAAGAAGACAAUCAGAUACUUUUUGGUUAGAAAGGCUUCAGCUGGUCGGCGCAACAUCGGAGGCCGAAGGCCUGUUCUGCGCUGUAUUGUUCUAUGUUCUGAUCAACGAGCACAAAGACCCGAGGGAGCAGUCAUUUCUUAAUUAAUAGAGGUAUUUCAAUUAGCUUCAGAGUCUUUGGUCUCAGGAGGAGGAGAAUCAGCCAGUGAGCCCAGCUGGGAAGUCGGGAGAAGGCAGGAUGUGUCUCGGCUGUGACAGAUUCCAUUGUCUCACAACAUUUCAUGUCUUGCUCUCCACGUGCUGAAUGCCCACUCGACCAGAACACUACAGGCCAGUCAAUGUCCGCAGUCUGUCCUCCAGGUCAGUACCCUGAGGAAUGUAGGAAAUGUGAGAGGAGAACAGAUUGCAUUUGUAGAGCACUUUAUUGGAGUAAAACAUCCCAAAGUGUAUCAGGAGAUGUAAUCAGACAAAAAAAAUUAACUAUAUGACAGAGGAGAGGAUGAACAAAAGCAGGGCAAUGAGGAUGGGAUCAACAGGGUCCUAAUGAUGGUCAAAUAAAAAUACAGAAGGGGUAAGAUAGGAAUUCUAAAGAUCUCUUAACCCCGAAGGAGCAACUAUUCCAAACACUGUGAACACAGGGGCAGACACAUGGAAGAGAAACUGCUCAAAUGUGAGAUUUACAUUCCAACUUUCAUGAUGUUUUUAAGGAUUCUGAGACAUCAGAGCAGUCACACACAGUAUCUGAGGUGUGUGACUGAUUCUUUACCACUCAUAUCUGUUCCCCACCUUUUUUCCAUCAUACAUUGUCGUUUGUAGAUAACAGUUCUUUCUUAAAUGCCUCUAUUGAAUCUGCCUCCACUAUUCUCUUAGACAGAACAUUCCAUACCCUAACCACCCACUGUUUUCCUUGUGUCAUCAGUGUCUUUCUGCCAAUCACCUUAAAAUUGUGUUUUCUCCUCUUGAUCCUUUCAUGAUUGGGACUGUAGAGAGUCCUAGAAGAAGACAUCAUGGAAACAGGUCCUUCGGUCCAACUCGUCCAUGCCAACUCGAUUUCCUAAACUGAACUGGUCCCGUUUGCCUGCGUUUAGCCAUAUCCCUCUAAACUUUUCGUAACCAUGUACCUGUCCAAAUGUCUCUUAAAUGUUGUGAUUGUACUCACCUCUACCACUUCCUCUGGAAACUUGUUCCAUCUACACACCAUCUUUUGCAUGAAAACGUUGGCUGUCAGGUUUGUUUUACAUCUUUCCAGUCUCAUCCUAAACCUAUGCCUUUAGUUUUGGGCUCCCUUACCCUGGGGUAAAGACCAGGAUAGGGAAGUUCCAAAGAGCACUGAUUAGUUCUCCCAAAUGAGCAAUUGUGAAUCAGUGAUGUGAGAAAUUGAACUGAUGAAAGGUUGUUGGUGGUUGACUUGGACAGGAUGGUUGCCUCACUGGUAUAAUUGAGGUAAAGAGAGCAGGUAGCUAUUGGAUUGUCAUUCAAAGUGUUCAGUGAAGCUUGCCAGACCUGAAUGACAAACAGGCUGCUGUUAUGGUGUUGGUUUAGAUUGUCAGAGAAAAAGAUUUACUACUGCACAAUCAUAAUAUCAUAAAAUCCCUACAGUGUGGAAGGCCAUUCAGUCCAUCGAUUCCACACUGACCCUCCAAAGAGCAUCCCACCUAGACCCACCCAUUACCCUAUCCCUGUAACCCUGCAUUUUCCUAAUCCACUUAGUCUGCACAUCCCUGGACACUAUGGACAAUUUAGCAUGGCCAAUCCACCUAACGUGCACACCUUCAGACUGUUGGAGGGAAUCGAGAGGAACUCAUGCAGACAUGGGGAGAAUGUAACAACUCCAUACAGACAGUCAUCCGAGAGUGGAAUUGAUAUGUGCUCUGGGGACAUGUAACACUAGAAAACUUUCCAGGGUGUUCAGCAUUAGAGCUUACAGGAGAUUCCAAAGUGGACAUGUUCCAAUCUUUGGGAAAACGCAUGAACUAGGUUUUUUUUAUCUGAAAUGACCAAAGCAACUUAGAUCAGAAAAAUGUCGUUUAUAAUCAUCGUAAAAUUGCACCAAACAUAUUUUAAAUAUUUCCUUUGUCUUAGUGGAUAAACACACUUCUUGAUGUACCAGUUUUGAUAAACCCUGGGUACAAAUGGUGCCAAGAUAACAAAGUGUGAAGCUGGAUGAACACAG